AUGAAUGCAUCAGGUUUGAAUUUAUCUUCCUUGAAGGAUAAGAUUUCAUCCAAGUUGAAUGCUUCCAAUAAGAAUAGCAAUAAGAAGAAAAACAACAAGAAGAAUAAGAAAGAAGAGGAAGCAGCAGCAGCAGCAGCAGCAGCAGCAGCAGCAGCAGCAGCAAAGAAUAACACUAAAAAUGAUACCAAGAACAAUAAUACCCAAGCAAACAACAAACCUGAACCUAAAGAAGAAGAUGACGUCUUACGUCGUGAGGCAUUAGCAUUAGGUGCAACUGAAGAAGAUUUGGAAUUGUUGAAAGAUGUUGAAGAAGGAGAAGAAAGUGAACAAGAAUUUAAUGAUGAUGGAUCAAAAUUGGAUAAAUCAUUUGGUGAUGAUUUGAGUAGCUUUAUGAAGGGGAUAGGAUUAGGUAAUGGAGAAGCUAUGGUUGUUGACGAUGAAGAAGUUGAAGAAGAAGAAGAAGUUCCUGAAUUGGUUGAAACCAUAGAAGAAGAAGAAGAGGAAGAAGAGGAAGAAGAGGAAGAAGAAGAAGAAGAAGAAGAAGAAGAAGAAGAAGAAGAGGAAGAACAGAUUGAAAGUGAGACUGAUGAAAAAGUAGAAGAAGAGGAAGAAAGCGAAUCAGAGGAAUCAUCAGAGGAAGAAGAUGAGGAAGAAGAUGAAGUCGUCGUUAAGGAAACUAAGGUUGACAACAAGAAAGAAAAAACUCAAGAUUCAGAUAAAGUAACAGACUUCUCCAUGGUUUCAAGUGCAAAAUUAGCAAUUCCAAGUCGUACUGAUUGGUAUAAUAUUCCAUUCGAUAAACCAAAAGAAACCCCAGAAAAAUUAGAUAGAUAUGCUAGAGAACGUUUAUUAGAAAGAGCCAAAACCGUGAUUGAAAAAGAUAACAAAACCUAUUUGGAAGAAUUCACAUCUAAUAAUUCCCAAAAGAAGUUCUUGUCCCAAAUUUUAGCUGAUGGUACUUUGAAUGAUAAAAUCUCUGCAUUGACUUUGUUAGUCCAAGAAGCUCCUAUGCAUAAUCUUAAGGCAUUCGAUACUUUAUUAUCAUAUUGUGAAAAGAAAUCAAGAACUGCCGCUUUACAAUCCAUCAAUGCAUUAAAGGAUUUAUUAUUAAAUGGUAUUUUACCAGAUAGAAAAUUAUUUGCAUUUGAUAAACAACCAUUAAGAAAAGAUUCAUCAGAUGUUGAAUUAGCAGUAUAUUAUUUCGAAGAUCAUUUAAAGAAGGCAUAUUUCAAAUUGAUUUCCAUCUUGGAAGUAUUAUCUCAUGAUCCAAUUGUUCAUGUUAGAAUGAAUGUCGUUAAUCAUAUCUUUGACUUAUUGAAAGCCAAGCCUGAACAAGAAGCCAAUUUAUUGAAAUUAGGAGUUAAUAAAUUAGGUGAUGCUGACAAUAAAGUUGCUGCUAAAGCAUCUUAUCAAAUCUUGCAAUUAGAACAAGUUCAUCCAGCUAUGAAGAAAAUCAUUAGUGAUGCGGUUAUUGAUAUUGUAUUCAAGGCUAAUAGUGACGAUCAUGCUAAAUAUUAUGCUAUUACCACUUUAAAUCAAACUAUUUUAACCAGAAGAGAAGAUGAAUUAGCCAAUUCAUUAAUCAAAACCUAUUUUGCACUUUUUGAAAAGAUUUUAGUUGAAAAUGAUGCCAACAAUAAAGAAACCGGUACCAAAACAAACGAAAUAGGCGAAUCCACCAAAGGAAGAAAGAACAACCGUAAGAAUUUCAAGAAGGGUAAAAAGGGUGGUAAAUCAGUUAAAGUUGAAGUCAAAUCAGAACAAGAAAUAAUAGAAGAAAAGAAUACUCGUUUAUUCUCAGCUUUAUUAACUGGUUUAAAUCGUGCUUUCCCAUUUGCUAAUUUACCUAAUGAUGUAUUCCAAGCUCAUUUAGAUACGUUAUUUAAGAUUACUCAUAGUAGUAAUUUUAAUACUUCUAUUCAAGCUCUUGUUUUGGUUAAUCAUAUCAUCACUCAACAAGGAUUGAAUUCAGAUAGAUAUUAUAGAACCUUGUAUGAAUCUUUAUUAGAUCCAAGAUUGGCAACUUCUUCCAAACAAGGUAUUUAUUUGAAUUUAUUAUUUAAAUCGUUGAAAAAUGAUACUGAAAAUAAACCAAGAGUUUUAUCAUUUGUUAAAAGAAUUUUACAAAUUUGUUGUCAUUGGUUAAAUAUUGGUUCUAUUUCCGGUAUGUUAUAUUUAUUAAUCGAAUUAUCCAAAACAUUCCCCGAAAUCUCCGACCUAAUGAUCGAUAUGGCAUCCAGACCAGAAGUCGAUGAAGAUUCAAAACAGGUCGAGCAACCAUCUAAAUCAGAUGAUCAAGAAUAUGACCCCAAGAAACGUGAUCCAAGAUUCGCGAAUGCCGAUAAAUCAUCCUUAUGGGAACUCAACCAAUUCCUCACCCACUACCACCCAACCAUCUCAAUCUAUGCCUCCUCAUUACUCGAAGGUACCGAACAAGCAAAACCUGAUUUAGGAUUAUACACAUUAUCCCAUUUCUUAGAUAGAUUCGUUUAUAAAAACUCGAAACAAAAACCACAAACUAAGGGUUCUUCGAUUAUGCAACCUUUAGGAGGGGCCCAUACUGGUUCCUUAUUGGUUAGGGCUACUGGUGUGUUGGAUACUGAUGUGCCUGCGAAUACUGAGAAUUGGUUGAAUAGAAAAGUGGAAGAAAUUAAACCGGAUGAAAAGUUUUUCCAUCAAUAUUUUACUACCAAGAUUAAUAAGAUUAAGGCUAAGAAGACUGGAGAAGAAGAAGGGGAGGAAGAAUUGGAUGAAGAAGAAGUUGAAGAGAUGGCGGAUGAUGAGAUUUGGAAGGCUUUGGUUAAGUCGAAACCUGAGGUCGAGGAUGCUUCUGAUGAAGAGUCUGAUGUUUUUGGUGAAGAAGAUUUCUCUGACUUUGAUAUGGAUGAUGAUGAGGAAGAAGAAGUAGCAGAAGUUGAAGAAGGGGAAGAAUUAGAAGAAGGUUCUGAAGAAGUCCAAGACGAGGAAGAAGAAUCUGAAGUCGAAGAAACUAAAGAAGAAAUUGAAGAUGAUUUCGAUGAAGAAGAAGGUCAAAUGUUUGGAAUUAAUGAAGAAGACGAAUUGAGUGAUUCUGAAGUUGAAAUUAAAAUGUUGGGAGAUGAUGUUGAUUUCUCUGAUAUAAGUGAAUCUGAAGAAAUAAUAGAAAAACCAAAGAAGACCAAGAAUAAACGUUCUAGAGAAGAUAAAGAUGAUGAUAGUAAGAACAAAAAGAUGUCUAAGAAGGCCAAACUUAAGGACUUGCCUAUUUUUGCAUCCGCUGAUGAUUAUUCUCAAUAUUUAAAUUCUGACGAUGAGGACUAUAGUUAA